AUCGAAUUGGUCUCUAUGACACAGAUAAAUAAUGAAUCUCUGCUGAAGCGUAGGCGAGCAUUCGAAAUGAGUCGAGCCGUCGUGCUAUCGUGUGCUCUGCUCGUGUUUGCAGUGGCUUCGACCAGUGCCGAAGAUGGCGAUCUGGAUUCCCUCAUCAACAGUUUAUUUAUCUCAUCGCCGGGCACCGUCAUCGCCUCAAGUACGUCUGCACCACGACCAACGUCUCCUCCAAUAGGAUCUCAGGCUGCUUGCGAACGUGGGCAACGAUGUGUUCAGAGGUAUCUCUGCACCAAUGAUUCAACUAGUGGAGCCGGUUUAAUUGAUAUUCGCUUCGAUGGUGACAACCCUUGUGUGAAUUACUUAGCAGGGUGCUGCUAUGAAGAAGAUAUCAUCAGUGAAUUACCUACCGUACCGGUUUUGGAUAAUCCAACUUGUGGAAAGCGCAACCCUGAUGGGAUAGGAUUCCGAAUUGUAGGAGGCAAAGAUGAAUCCGAAUACGGAGAGUUCCCUUGGAUGAUUGCAGUAUUAAAACAGGAACAAGCUUUAGAUCAGGUUGUAAAUGUAUACCUGUGUGGUGGAUCAUUGAUACAUCCUAGCGUUGUUCUAACGGCAUCCCAUUGUGUUCAAAAUAAGUCACCUGUUCAGCUGAAAAUUCGAGCCGGAGAAUGGGACACUCAAACCAAAAAUGAAGUCUACCCCGCAUCAGAUCGCCAAGUAGUUGAGAUCGUAACGCAUCCAGAUUAUUACAAAGGAGGACUGUACAACGAUGUGGCCUUAAUAUUCUUGGACUCUCCCCUAAAACUAGAUGAUGGAAUUCAAACAGUGUGCUUACCUCCACCGAAUGCAAAGUUUGACCAUCAGCGAUGUUUUGUGUCUGGGUGGGGAAAGGACGUAUUUGGCAAGGCUGGAACAUACCAGGCAAUUUUGAAAAAGGUUGAGCUGCCAGUGGUGCCCAACUCUCAGUGCCAGACUUCUCUGAGAUCGACUCGUCUGGGACCGAAGUUCGUGUUGCACAACAGCUUUAUGUGCGCCGGAGGGGAGGUAGGCAAAGAUGCAUGCAAAGGUGAUGGAGGGUCUCCACUGGUGUGUCCCAUACAAGGAUCUACGCAGAGCUAUCACCAAACCGGCAUUGUAUCGUGGGGUAUUGGAUGCGGUGAAGCAACUCCUGGAGUGUAUGCCGAUGUGUCCCAUUUCCGAACCUGGAUUGAUCAACAAAUGCAAAGCCGUCAUUUCGAUGCCAGCAGCUACACGCUGUCGUAAAA